AUGGGUCAAUCCAACAGUUCGAAGCAAGUCGAGUUAAAGAGCGACAAUAUUCCUAGUUAUGAAGAGAAUGCACCAGAGUCUACGAAUAUUGAGGACCUUAUUAAGGGUGGACGGUACAAAGUUGCAAAAAGAGAAACCCUUGAUAUGAUGGCAGCGAUUCAAGGUCCGAAGGAUGAGAAUAAAAUCUAUCCUGACUCCGAAAUCAAGGAUCUUAAGCAAUACAUUAUAGAACAGGAGGGCCUUAGUGUUGGUCAGACAAGGCGAAAAGCUCUUUCGCAGCAGUGGCGUUUCUUCUUGUCUUCAGAACCUGUGCAACGUGGUUUGGAUGCGGGCAUUAUCGCUGGCAGCUUUUCCGCUGCUCUUUACGCUUUUAAAAGUCCCAGAAAUCGCGUUCCUGUCAAAAUAGGACUGGUUUUUACGCUCGGAUUUUGUGUAGGUGUAAUAGCGGUACCGAUGCUGGUUAUCACAGCUGAGGGCUAUAACUCACGGCGCAUCAAGGCCCUAGAAAAGGAAUUGUUUUCAAGGCAGCGAGAAGAGUUUUACAACAAGAACAAGGAAGAUUGA